ACCCCCGGUUGAUGUGAGCGGUAAAGAUACAUGGGAUAACAUCUCCUUGUUUCACCCGGACCGUCAGUGGGCACGGAACGUGUUCCGGUUUGUGAUGUUAGUCACUUGUGCAUGCCGCGGAGUGUACCAUCUGUCAAAGUUGUAGCUGUAGCCCAUCUGAACUGCCACUAUGGGGAUCUUGGAGAAAAUCGCGGAAAUAGAGCGAGAAAUCGCUCGGACGCAGAAAAACAAAGCCACUGAGUACCAUCUUGGUUUGCUCAAGGCCAAGCUAGCCAAAUACAGAGCCCAACUCCUGGAGCCCUCCAAGUCAUCGGGGGCCAAAGGCGAGGGCUUUGAUGUCAUGAAAUCAGGAGAUGCUCGUGUUGCUCUCAUCGGUUUCCCCUCUGUGGGUAAGUCCACUUUCCUUAGUUUGAUGACAUCAACAGCCAGUGAAGCUGCUUCCUAUGAGUUCACUACUCUCACCUGCAUACCUGGUGUCAUAGAGUACAAAGGGGCAAACAUCCAGUUGCUAGAUCUGCCUGGAAUCAUCGAGGGUGCUGCCCAAGGUAAGGGUAGAGGUCGGCAGGUCAUUGCUGUUGCCAGGACAGCGGACGUCGUCAUCAUGAUGUUGGAUGCCACUAAAGGAGAGGUUCAGAGAGAACUUCUAGAAAAAGAGUUGGAGUCAGUGGGCAUCAGACUCAACAGGACGAAACCAAAUAUUUAUUUCAAGCCCAAAAAAGGUGGCGGCCUCUCCUACAACUCCACUGUUCCUCUCACCCACUGCUCAGAGAAACUGGUUCAGCUCAUCCUUCACGAGUACAAAAUCUUUAAUGCAGAAGUCCUUUUCAGGGAGGACAGCACACCGGACGAGUUCAUCGACGUCAUUGUUGGGAACAGAGUUUACAUGCCUUGCCUAUAUGUGUACAAUAAGGUGGAUCAAAUCUCCAUCGAGGAGGUGGACCGCCUGGCUCGCAGACCUAACAGUGUUGUCAUCAGUUGUGGGAUGAAGUUGAACUUGGAUUACCUCCUGGAGACGUUGUGGGAAUACCUGGCUCUCAUUUGCAUUUAUACUAAGAAAAGAGGAGAGCGCCCAGACUUUAAUGAUGCGAUCAUUAUGAGAAGAGCAGCAAGUGUAGAACAUGUGUGCCAUCGAAUCCACAGAACCUUAGCCAGCCAGUUCAAAUAUGCCCUGGUUUGGGGAACCAGCACCAAGUACAGCCCUCAAAGGGUCGGCCUAACGCAUAUCAUGGAGCACGAGGACGUCAUCCAGAUCGUUAAGAAGUAAAACAAGCUCCUGAUUGGACAGAGGAGAGACGGAGCAGGAGGAGUCAGGCUGCUGUUGGAGGAGUUAUAAUGGAAAAAGAUUCACUGUACAGUACAUAUACAGCAAUGAAAAAUAGCAGCCUUUCUUAUUUUGUAUAUGAAAAUUAACAAAACGCAUGGAUGAGAGCAGAUUUAAGUAGGUUGUGGACAGGAAAUGGUUUGUUUUACCUUUUGAUUAAGAUGAGCAGGAGAAGGAAUAAAGUCCAUAAAAUGUUAAAUGA